AUGAAUGAUUUUCAGGAAUGCAAGAACACGGCCGAUUUGGUACCCCUAUAUCUUCCGCAAAAGUUAUUUUUGAAACCAAUAUCAAAAAUUAACAUCUCUUUACAGCUUCCAAAUGUGAAGAAUCAAACGAAAAGCAUUUCCCAUAGGGAGAUAAUGGAAAAGGUUCAGGAAUUGAUACUUCCAGAAAAAUUUGCUUCAAUAAAAGUGGUUAAAAUGACUAUUGAGAUUGUAAGAUUAGAGGCUGAAUUGGAGACUAAAAAUAAGAUAGACUAUGCUAUUGAUAAGUUAAAAAACAGAAUGAUCAAACUUAAAGACUUCAGUGAUAUGAUGAGAGUAAAGGCUGGAAAGGCAAAAAUAAGUUUUCCCAAGAGGCAAGAAUGGGAUGAAUUUUUUCAUACUGAAAGAAUUAGAAAUCCAAAAACAGCAGGAAGACCAGACACAAUUCAUCUAUCAAAACUACCCACUAAAUGGUUUGUACCACCUCACCUUGCACAUGACGAAGAAGCUUUGCCUUCAGAAAAAAUACUGUAUAGGAUAUUUGAAAAAUUUGGGAGAAUUAGAAAUGUUGACAUUCCUAUAUGUGAUCCUUACAGGAAAAAAAUGAAAGACCACAUUUCAGGUCUGCAGACAACAACAUUUGAUAAAACAGAUUAUUUUGAAGGGUAUGUGCAAUUCAAAGAUUACAUAGGGUUUACUGAUGCAAUGGAUGCACUUUGUGGUAUGAAAUUGGUUCAUAAGGAAGAUGAUGGGGCUGUUGAAACCAAUAUUGUUGCGGAUUAUGAUAAAACUAAACAUUUAAGUGAGGCAACAAUUAGGAGAAGGGAAAUAGUGAGAGAGAGGUUGAUUAAAAAGGCUAGGGAAAAAGAGGAAAAGGAUAAAAGGGACUUGGAAAACAUACAAAGGGAACAAGAGAUACUAAGAGAAAAAGACCAAGAUCUUAAAAACCAAAAAGAAAGACAACGAAAAUUAAGGGAAGAAAGAAGAAAAUCCAAGGUACUGGAAAAGUUAAAAAUAUCUGGUUCUGAUGAAAUUAAUGAAAAAAUAGCUAAAGAAGAAAAAAAAUUAAUGAAGGCUCAAAGAAAACUGGAAGCUAUUAGAUUGGUUGAAGAGUUAUUUAGGAGAAUCAAAGAUAAACAGGCAGAAGUAGGUCUAAAUGAGAUGCAAAAAAAUAUAGGACAUCAAGAGCUAAAAAUGUACAAAAACACUAGUGAAUUAGCAGUUUUAACACAAAAGGAAAAACUUCAUAAUGCCAUUAAAGGCAGGGUCAUGCUAAAAACUAUUCUUUUAGAUGGGAGAAGAAGGUCUUCAUCAAGUUCUUCAUCUUUAUCUCUUGAAGAUGAAAAUAAAGGCCAAAGAAAAAUAAUGCCCAUAGAUGUCAAUUACAAUGCACCAAUGCAAUUACCACAAAUUCCUUAUGAACCAUGGAUGGGUUUUGCCUACCAUAUGCCUCAGGGUAUCAUGUAUCCACCUCCAAAUGUGUACCAUACUGGUAUGGAAAACAAUUUUCCAGGACCUUCCAGGGGUGGAUUUCGUGGAAGAGGUAGGGGUUAUAAUCCCAGAUUUCGUGGAGGCUACCGUGGCAGAAGACAUCUUCCCGAUGAGGAAUAUUCUCGGUACUUUACCAAAUUUCUCGACGAUCACGAUAAUAGGCACACUCGUAGUUCCAGAUCGUUUUCAAGAGGUCGGUCUAAAAGUCCUUCCAGGAGAAGAUCCUACACCAAGUCCAGGUCAAGGUCAUAUAGCCGUUGCAGAUCUAGAUAUAGAUCCAGUUCUAGGUCUAGAUCAAGAAGUAAAAGAAGAUACACUAGAAGUAGAUCCAGAUCACGAUCCGUAUCAGAAACCAAAAGAUCUAAAAGCGAUAAAAAAAGUAGAAGUAGAUCCAGGUCACGUUCUAGAUCCAAAAAAGACAGGGUACAAAGCCCGCGAACAUCUCCAAGAAAAUUAAAGGAAAAAUCACGAUCAAAAUCCAGGGAAAAAGUUAAUAAGUCAGUUGAAAGGAAAUCAAGAUCAAAAUCGUGGUCGCUUCCAAAAGAAGGAGAACCAAGGAACAGAUCAUGGUCUAAAUCUCCAGACAAAAAUUAG